CCCAUGACAUUCGCGAUGCGUGUACUCUUAUCACUAAUAUUACUCCUGGCAGCAUCGAAAAGUAGAGCUAUUCAAGUGAAAACUGACCAAUCUGACCGAUAUCGAUGCGGACAGCGCCCGAUUAACACGGUUGCAGUGAUUACAGCUGGGCAGACCACUCAGCCCGGUGAAUUCCCAUGGCACGCUGCCAUUUACCGGAUGGAACAGUUGGGAAGUUCGUACAUUUGCGGUGGCUUCUUAAUCAGUGAUCGUAUGACAAUCACGGCAGCACAUUGCGUCACAAAUCCCAACGGAUUUAAGGUUGUUCCUAGUGGUAUCUCGGUUCGCUUGGGAAUGUUUGAGCUAAUUACUGUGAGUAAAAGUACGCAAGAACAUCGAGUGGAGAAAAUCUAUCGACAUGAAAACUAUACGGCCAGCUCUUAUCGGCACGAUAUUGCGGUGUUACUUCUACAUACCAUUGCUGAGUUCAACGAAUACAUCCAACCGAUUUGCCUUUGGGACACCAACGAGUACGGCGAUGGUGGUGAACUUGUUGGAGUUGUAGCCGGAUGGGGUCUAACCGAGUAUGAGAUGUUGGCGAGCACUUUGAAGUCGACGGAAAUGCCGAUGGUUAGCUUCCUGGAAUGCCUGGAUGGGGACCGUAACUUAUUUUCUCAGGUUCUCUUUGAUGGAAUGUUUUGUGCUGGUUUAAGAAAUGGAACGAACGUGUGUAACGGCGAUAGCGGGGGCGCUUUUGCAGUGAAAGUGAAUGGAUCGUGGGUUGCGCGUGGUAUCAUUUCUUUCACUGGAUUGAGAGAAAACACCGUCUCAUUGUGUAAUCCUCGCAGUUUUGCUGGAUUCGUCAACAUCCCUCGAUAUGUGGAAUGGAUAGAGAAAGUGGCAAACUUGGAUCGAUUCAUAAUAAUCGACAAUCCUGCAGUGAAUAGCCCACGAGAACAUACCGGCGUUUCUAGUUCCACCGUAGCACCAUCCGAAUCGCCGAGUAGAAUGAGUGAGAAAAAAUGUGCGGAAUAUAAAAACGGGUCCCAGGAAUUGUCCUACUUGGCGUACGUUGCGAGGGAUACUCCAUUCAUGCGCGUGAUUGAUUGUUUCGUUAUAGUGAUAAGUAAACGCUUUCUAAUCUCAACAGCAGGCUGUCGUUCACUCCAUGUUUCCGAUAAAAGUUCAGAAGACGAACAAUUCGUUGUUAUCGAAACGGAAGGUCAAGCGUUUCACUACGAAAUAGAAGAUUUUCAUCAACAUCCCGAAUUUUCCCGCAGUCCGACAGACGAAAACAACCUCGCACUAAUUGAGCUGAAACGGAACACAUCGUUAUCCACCGGUCAGUUCGUGUGUCUGUGGAGCGACAAGGAUUUCGAUGUAGGAAAAAUUUUCCUGUAUUCAGCUACGGGAAUGGUGAAAGGAUUCGGAGCAUCCAAACCGGCGGCAAAAUGCUUCAAUCAACUGAUAGCACCAUCAAUAAUGAUACGAAGUCCAGCAGACGGCGUAUAUCAUCUUGUGGGAGUCAUUGUUAGCAGCACAUGCACAAAAAUUCGUUUUAUUAAGUUGCAGCAAUUUAUUCCUUGGAUUGAGAGCAUUGUGUGGAAAUAGGGAUGCUGCAUAUUUUUGAAUGGAGCUUCACCAGGGAUUUCGUAGGGAUGCCACAUGUUUUGGUGAAAUGGCUAUAUAAGGAAGUAGGCUGUUGACUGUUUUUGUCUACAAAUUCAUGUUUAUGCAUGUUCAUAUUAUCCAAAUUUUCGGCGAAUUGUAGUGUCUUCUUCAUAGGGAUUCAAUAUAAUUGAUGGUUUUCAAUAAAUAAUUUCAAUUUU